GUUAUGUCAUCUUCUCCAGUGAUCGAUCACUGACCUGACCUUCACAUCGCCGAGCUCGUCACGAGAUCCAAAACUCUCAUCUCAAAUGGCGGCAACCUUCCUUCUCUUCCUCAUCCCAAUCAUCCCACUCUCACUCCUCACCAUCCUCUCCCUAAUCACCCGCCCUCGCCCCAUCAAAAUCCCAAUCAAAUCCCGCCACGUCUUCAUCACGGGAGGAUCCAGCGGAAUCGGCCUCGCUCUCGCUCAUCGCGCCGCCUCAGAAGGCGCUCGCGUCUCAAUCCUCGCCCGAUCCGCCUCAAAACUCGAGGAAGCCAAAGAAUCAAUCAAGCUCGCCACGGGAGUCGAAGUCUCAACAUUCUCCGCGGACGUACGCGACUACGACGCCGUUUCGAAGGCGGUAGAGGAAUCUGGCCCCGUAGAUGUGUUGAUCGUGAAUCAAGGAGUGUUUACGGCGAAGGAGCUGGAGAAGCAUAGUGUGGAGGAUGUUAAGUUUAUUAUUGAUGUUAAUUUGGUUGGGAGUUUUAAUGUGGUUAAAGCUGCUUUGCCUGGUAUGAAGGCGAGGCGAGGCGGAGCUUGUUCUAUUGCUCUCGUCUCGUCUCAAGCCGGUCAGGUGGGUGUCUAUGGAUAUGCUGCGUAUUCGGCGAGUAAGUUCGGGCUUCAAGGUUUAGCGCAGUCGUUGCAGCAAGAAGUUAUUGCUGAUGAUAUUCAUGUUACUCUUGUUUUUCCUCCGGAUACUGAUACUCCUGGUUUUGAGGAAGAACAGAAAAGCAGACCUGAGGUCACUGCCAUAAUAGCUGCGUCCUCUGGUUCAAUGAAAACAGAAGAAGUAGCCAGAAAAGCUUUGGAUGGCAUCAAGGCAGGAAAGUUCACAGUCUCAUGUAAUUUUGAAGGAUUUUUACUGGCUCUCGCGACAACCGGCAUGUCUCCUCAGAGAUCGUUUUGGCUUGCUUUUCUUGAAAUUAUCACCGCAGGGCCUAUAAGAUUAGUAGCUCUCUUUUUCCAGUGGGAUUGGUAUAAUGCCAUAGAAAAGUGGAGCAAAACCAAAACACAUAGUAAGCAGCUAACACCUUCAAGCGAUUGACACUGCUUUAUCCCUUACUCUUUUUGCUACUUUAAUUUUGUCUUCUCAUUUGUAAUUCCAGAAAGCUAGAUGGGUAUCUGAGACCUUCUUCUGACAUUGGAGUCUCUCAUUUACUGCCACGCCCAGCUAGUGCUUAGUGGACUAUCCAAUUCAGAUUAUGGACAGAUUCAUGACGGUGUCAUAACAAGUUAUGUUGAGCUUUUUGUAGACUUGUAGUAGCGAAUCUAAAGAUUUGACAUGAAUGUAAUAGCCAGCUACACUGUAUUUUCCCUUUGUCAAGAAGUGAAUGUUUUUCACUGUUUGGUUUAACUCUAAAAAGGUUAAUGAAUCCAGACACAAGCCACA